AGAGAAAGGGAGAAGGGGCGGAGGGCGGCCGGGCGUGGCUGGCGACCCUCCCCCAUCCCUGAGGGGGCCGAGCGAGGACCCCCAUGGAGCCCCACCGGGAGGGGCCCGGCUCCGGGGGCGGCGGCGGCGCGGCGGGCUGAGCUGGGCGCCUGUGAGGGAGGGGGGAAGGGGCGCCGUCUCCGAGGGGGGGGGGAGGGGAUGCUGUCCCGGAAGAAAACGCGCGCCGAGCUCUCCAAACCCGGCGAGGUGCAGGGCAAGUACGUGAUCAAGGAGACGAGCCCUUUGCUCCGCAAUCUGAUGCCUUCAUUCAUCCGUCAUGGUCCAACCAUUCCAAGACGAACAGAUCUCUGCCUUUUGGACUUGGGUUCUUCUGCCUACGCUGCGGGUGGGGAUGGAGCAGUUUCCAGAAACCAGAGCUUCCUUCGGACUCCAGUGCAGAGGCCUCCUCACGAGAUAGUGAGGCGGGAAAGCAACAGACUCUCUGCCCCUUCCUACCUUGCCAGGAGCCUGGCCGACGUCCCGCGGGAAUAUGGCGUAUCUUCCCAGUCCUUUUUAACAGAGACAAACUCUGUAACUGAAAACGGAGAACCCGGAUCCCGUCACUAUUAUGACCACCACUUUUAUAAUGGUCAGAGGCGGCACCAGCUGGGGGAUCACGUGCAGGAGGAAUAUAGAUACUAUGAACAUAACACUGACCUUGUCCAAAGGAUGUCACAGAAUCAGGGAAGGCAUAGUUCAGGCAUUGGGCGGGUGGCUGCUACAUCGUUAGGAAACUUAACAAACCACAGUUCGGAAGAUUUACCUCUCCCUCCUGGCUGGUCUGUGGACUGGACUCUUAGAGGAAGGAAAUACUACAUAGACCAUAACACCAACACAACACACUGGAGUCAUCCACUUGAGCGAGAGGGGCUGCCUCCAGGGUGGGAGCGUGUGGAAUCGGCUGAGUUUGGCGUCUACUACGUCGACCACAUCAAUAAAAGAGCACAGUACAAACACCCCUGUGCCCCCAGUGUUCCCCGUUACGAUCAACCACCUCCGAUGACGUAUCAGCCACAGCCGGCCGAGAGAAGCCAGCCUAUCCUCGUGCCUGCAAAUCCAUACCACACGGCGGAGAUCCCAGAUUGGCUGCAGGUCUAUGCCAGGGCUCCUGUAAAAUACGACCACAUCUUGAAGUGGGAGCUCUUCCAGCUAGCUGACCUGGAUACAUACCAAGGGAUGCUGAAGCUGCUUUUCAUGAAGGAACUGGAGCGGAUAGUGAAGCUGUACGAAGCCUACCGCCAGGCUCUGCUCACCGAGCUGGACAACCGCAAGCAGAGGCAGCAGUGGUAUGCUCAGCAGCAACACGGCAAGAACUUCUGAGCUCCUUCCCUUUUGCAGCAGGCUCUCUGAGGGCUCUUGGAAUCAUAGGGGACUCUUUGAAAAAAAGGAAAAAUCGUGAACAAGUGCUUUGGUUAAAAAGGCAGCUUCUCUCUUGCUGAUCUUGCACCUUUUGUAAUUAACCUUCUUUGUGUAUCAUGUUUAUUGAAUACAAAAGAUGUUUGUUAUAUUGUAUAAAGAAAGUUAGUUUCUUAUUCUGAGAGCCAGUGUGGUGGGAAAAUUCAAGAAAAUCCACAUUUUAUAUUAUUAUUAUUAUUAUUAUUAUUUUGUCUGGUAUCCUUUUUUUCUAGCAACGGUUGUACCUUGGAGAAGAAAUUUUAUUUUCGAAUGACGUCAAUGCAAGAAGCACCCUGGAAGUUUUAUGAAGCCUGUUUCCUGCCUUCCAGCUGCUGAUCUUGUGGGCUGCCUUUGGAGACAGCUUUAAUACACUAAAGGUCCACAUGAUCUUUCAUUACAAAAACAUUGCAAAAAUAUGGUUCUGUGGGACCCAAGCAAUGAAUAAACGACUGCCUUAUUUUGACUGUUGAGCUCAUCGUUCUAGUUUGCUGCAGAUCCUCUCAGGAGCGUUUUGCCAUUUGCAGGCUGGCGCAAGUGGGCUGUGUUGAAAAGCAACUGGAGAACCGACCCACCUGCCUUAGCCAUUUGGAGUAAGUCUCACCCUAAUCAAACCAGCAAGGAACGAUUUUGUGAAAACUUCCAUCCACUGGUAAAGUUUGCCUUUGUUAUUUCGUUUCACAUUUUGAUCUGUCAUCCUGCAAUGUAUAUGAAAGUUCUGUAACAUCUGUGUCCUGUAAAUCUCGGCAAUCAAAUAAAGUUCUGUUUUUGUUU